CUGCAGGAGAGAAACCGGAAGUGGCGGAAACGGCUGUUGCCCGGGGACCCCGAGAAGAGUGUCGCGGAGCUGCUUGCAGAGAUUUGUGGCUGCCUUUCUCUUUGGGAUCUGAAGAGCAAUGGGGAACACGAGCAGUGAGCGGGCUGGUGUGGAGCGUCAGGGGAGCCACAAGACACCUCGGAGAGACAGCGGAGGAACAAAGGAUGGAGACCGUCCGAAGAUCUUGAUGGACAGCCCUGAAGAUGCUGACAUGUUCCACGCCGAGGAAAUAAAGCUUGGCAAGGAGAAAGAAGAAUUCCUGGCUUGGCAGCAUGACGUCGAGGUGAAUGAUAAGGCUCCUACACAAGCUCGGCCAACCGUUUUUCGCUGGACCGGAGGAGGCAAAGAGGUCUUUCUGUCUGGCUCUUUUAACAACUGGAGCAAACUUCCACUGACACGGAGCCACAAUAACUUUGUAGCAAUUCUCGAUCUCCCGGAAGGAGAACACCAAUACAAGUUUUAUGUGGAUGGUCAAUGGACACAUGAUCCUGCAGAGCCCGUAGUAACCAGCCAGAUGGGGACUGUCAACAACGUCAUUCAGGUGAAGAAAACAGACUUUGAAGUAUUUGACGCUUUAAUGGUGGACUCCCAAAAGUGCUCGGAUGUAUCUGAGCUGUCGAGUUCACCCCCCGGACCCUACCACCAGGAACCCUACAUUUGUAAGCCGGAAGAGCGCUUCAAGUCCCCCCCUAUUCUUCCUCCGCAUCUCCUGCAGGUUAUCCUAAACAAAGACACUGGGAUUUCGUGCGAUCCUGCCCUGCUUCCGGAGCCGAAUCACGUCAUGCUGAAUCACCUCUAUGCCCUAUCCAUCAAGGACGGGGUCAUGGUGCUCAGCGCUACCCAUCGUUACAAGAAGAAAUAUGUCACUACGCUGCUGUAUAAGCCCAUAUGAAAGCAGAGCUGGGUCCCCGGGCCGAAGGAGCAGCGGAGGGAACAAACGAGAAGCGUAUGCUCUUUGAAACAGUAGCGGACUUGCUGUCGAAUCCUAACACAUAUUUAUAUAUACACCUAUAUAUGUUUAAAAAGAGCUCAAAUUCGCCUUGCUCUCUUUCUCUCCCUCCUGCUGUUGAAUGUUCCUUAGCCCCACAAGCAGGUACCCACUUGUGCUGCCAAUCAAGGCCGUGGGUUUUUGAGGGGGUUCGUUGCCCUGUAAUAUUGCAGGGGGGGAAUGGGAAUCUAUGAAGACGCACAAGCUGCCAAGGGCAUUUAGUUAUGCAGAGUGAAUACAAAUGAAUUUUUGAACUAGGCACCUGGAAUGAAUGGACACCUUCAAUCGUCCAAAGUCCCCAAAGUGGCUUUGCUUUUUUCGUACAGCAAUAUGUGUAAGAGAAGGUGUUUUCCUUCUAUAGCAAUCUGGGCAUACCCUUAUAAAUAACUCUUUAUUUUUUGUUCUCGUCCGUCCCUGCCCUCCCCGCUAGUCACCUUUUGUAACCUGGGCGCUAAUUGCCAGGCUUCAGAUCACUGGCAAAGGCAGCCAACUUUGGUUACUUUCCAGCAGAAAAUGCUUGGCACAUCUUUCAGUUUACCGCAGCUGGACUGAUGGCUUUAGGUUGGUGGUUUCACUGUCCAUUGGCAGCAGGAUGUUACGAAGAGGCUAGAAGGGUCGGACACUGCUGUGAUACUUCGGGACCAACCCCUUCUGGUUCCUACAAGCCUCCCCUCCCCCUAACUUCUUGGGACAGCUUGCUCAGAAAUGUGGCUCCUCUCUUUCCAAAGAUUAGAACUCCCAAGCAAUAUUGCUACCCUGCUCCAGGGUUGCCAGGGGAGGUGGGCUUUGCACCCCAGGCCUUCACAUGUCUCUACGCUAAGGAAUCAGGAUGCUUCUCCUCUCAAACAGCUGUAGCCUCCCCUUGUUUGUGGAAGGAGGCUCAUCGAGGGGAUAUGCCUCCCGUAACAGAUAAGCUGUCUGCUUAUCCCUCCCCACAAAAAAGGCCAAUUAAUGUGUUGUCUGUCACACCAAGGUGCACACACUCCCUAGCCUGUUGUGGCACCAGCUUGUGCCUUCUUAGCCAAGCGAGCCCUGUGGGUUUUUCCCCCCUUCUGAUUCCUUACCAAUCUUUUGAGGCCACCAGGCAGUUUUAUUGCUUUGAGUAGCUGAAACUGAUGUAUAGCUAGAACAGGCACUCUAGAACAGGAGCUGGCUAACCUGUGGCUCCUUCAGGUGUCAUUGGGCUGCAGCCGCCUUCAUCUCUAACCUCGUCUGACCAGCUGUUUGGGACAGAUGGGAGCUGGGCGGCUCCAAGCUCCCAUCCCUGCUCUAGACCGCUGUUGAGAACAGUAUUUCACGUCUGCUUUUUUU